AUCAUGAAUAAGAUAUUUUAAUUCUGACAGGAGGGGAGAGACGCAAUUCUGUCUCUCUCUCUCUCUCUCUUUCUCGUUCGCUCUCCUGCUCUCUGAGCUCUGGUCAGAGCACCAACAAGCUCCUUCAACCCACAGGUGGUUAAAUAGGAACGUCUCGCAAGAAGGGGGAAGACCAUGGCCGGACGGCUAGUGGAGGGAUAAACGUGGAGGGGAAUGUAAGACACUUCCUUCCCACUGUCCACCAACGCCAACAGUUCUCCUUCAGAACAUUAAGGAAGGGGCUGCGUGGUCAAGAAUUGCGGGCCACCAUUAGCAUGACAUAUAGUGGACGGCACCUGCCUGACUUGAAGCUUUGCUACCUGUUGAGCGCAUCUUGCGGAGGGUCAAGACUGGUUAAAAUCUGAAUGGCUAUUUUCUUUUGGAAGAGAAAGAGAAACGCUUUCAUCUUUGGCCGGCUUCCUUAAUGUAACUAAAUCAGCGCAGCCGGGCUACAGAGUCAAGAAGAUCAGUCAGGCGUUGCUCAAGGAAGACAGGACACAAGGACACCAUUGCAAAUAAGUUUUGCUGACAACAAAAAGUAAAUAUUAUUCAAACCCCGUUCUUUUCGUUUUCCUCUUCUGAAGAUACUUAAAACAGAAUCUCUCUUGUCCGCUACCUGCAUAACUUUCCAACAAGCAGGAUUUGACUCUCACACGCUUUUUAAAUAAAUCUUCCAACAAUUGGGGGGUUGAGGGUUGAUCAGAGCCAUGUAUAUUUAAAGAUUAAAGUCAAAACUCGUACAACACACAACACCUGAGGGGAUUUACUUCAUGUUUUGCUUUAGGUUAUCCUUUACAAGCCUCCUAAAGCUGAACGCUAUCCAAACAUCUUUGAAGUGGUGAGACAUUCCAUCAACCUUGGCUUCCUGAAACUUCCAGCACCUACACCAAACUCGCAGGUGCCAGCCAGAUGCAGGUGGGGGCAGAUGUGCAUUCCUGCGGCUUUUUCACCCAGGCACCAGCUGAGCCAAAGGCGAGGUGGUAUCCGGGAGGGAACGGCUCACCGCCGCCCAUCACAGGCUGCCAGGGACAGGAGAACCGUCGGGGGAAUUGGGGAGAAGAGGAGGAAGGCACGACCAGAGACGUGGGCCUGGAUAAAGAAAAUGGCAUUGUCGAGAGCUGGGGGCCAAAUUCCACUUUCAGCGAGGUGGCUGUCAGGCAGCUGCCCUCUACCCUGAGGGAAGACGACUGCACCUUUAACAUUCUACCUGAACAAUGCACAGCAAUUAAGACUGAGUCAAGGGGCAAAGAUAAAUGCAGGGCUCCAAAGGUAGUGCCACCUGUAAUACAGGGUGUGGUUCCACAUCAGAGACCAGCAAGUCUCUGCCGCAGCCUAAGUGUGAGUGAGCAGGAAGCAAAGGACGCAAGAAUCCAGAGCCAGAGGAUUGCUGCCCAGCUGACCACCCCACCUAGUGCCAACUCCAAGGGGGUGCUGCUCUUCAACAAGCGCAAGAAGAGAGUUAACGAGUUCACCUUGACGAGCUACGGCCAGCAGGGGCCGUGGUCUGGAUUGGAGGUCAGCAGACCUGUUGAUGGAGAGGGCAGGGCUCCUGGGGACCAUCUAGCCAGGGCGCCAAGUGAAGGGCCGCAAGGCUUGGCAGACUCCCCAUCUUCAUCCGAGGAGACCAGCGUCCCGUACUUUGAGCAGAGGGUCAAGGGAGGCAACAUGGAGGCAGCAUUGACCGUCGGAAACCAUGACUGCCCGGGGGCCCUCGAAGAUCGGACAGAAGAGGUGGAGGACGGCAUGUCUGGGGACGAGAGGGAGGAACAACGCAGCGAAGGGCUGGCGGUGGAGCACGGAGGUGAGGCGGAGGCAGCGGAAGAGCACGAGGCUCCGCAAGGCGUGAUCAACUCAGCAGCGAAAUAUCCGCUGGAAACCAACAAUCUGGUGAAGCCAGCCAGAACGACAAUGGAAGUCCAUUUGGAAUCUUCCCAGCCCCUCCGCAACUCAGACCAUAAGGUCGACAAGGAUCUACCAAGGGAAGUCAAUAAUCAGACUGACGGAGUUACAAUUAGAGAGAGCCAAGUGUCAUAUGUCCCUGAGGAAAAACAGGCGUUCGUGGUGAACAGAACGCCCAAACCCUUUUUGUCAGAGGGCGUCUCUCCAAAACCUUACAAGCCACAAGCUGGACCUCCCGAGAGCUCUCCUUCCUCUCCGGCUUAUGCCCACCCUCCCCCGGUGUCCCGGAUGACAUCUCCGCCACCCUGUGCCGCCUCCAGCCCAUCAGCUGUUGGGGAAGCAGCCAGGCCACCAGCGAUGUGGGUCAAGAAGACUGGCAUCUUGGAGGAAUCAAGGAUGCACAGAGCUGGGAGGAAGCCCAUGUUCACCUUCCACGAGAAGCCAAAAGUUGCACCCAACCCCGAGCUCCUGUCACUGGUACAAGGGAUAGACGUCAAGAAGAAGAGCGCCCAGGGAGAGGCGCUAACUGAGGAGGACUACCUCGGUCUGGGGGCCGAGGCUGCCACCUUUACCCAGCAGAAGCCUUCACCCCCUGUUGCCCCCAAGCCCGUGGUCUCCAGCCAAGUUGACCCCCCAGUUCCAGAAUGGGCGUCUUGCUUGAAGCCACCGGAACUGAGGGCGCCCCGCAGGUCAGGUGCCACACAGACACUGGCAGAGGUCAAAGGGAAAGGGGCGGAGCUGUUUGCCCGCCGACAGUCGCGAAUGGAGAGGUACACCAUUGAGUCAUCGCCAGCCAAAGAGAACCAGCCCCGGCCCCCCUCCCCGACCAUGUCUUUGCCGCCGUCUUGGAAGUGCGGUGACGAGCGGCGCAGCCCGUCGCCACUCAACCACAGGAGCUUCCACCUCGGCUCCAGAUCGCCGCCGUCCGCCUUCGCCCAAGUCGACAAGGUGAAGAGCGGCCCCCGGGCGCCGGCUGGCUCGCCGAGGCACCGGCCUCACCAGCUGAGCUCCUCGCUGUUCAUCAUCUCCCCGGACAAGAGCCCGCUGACCUCCCUGCCCAGGGGAGCGCCCUCGCCACCCAGGCCGGUGCUCGCCGGCACCGCGACCUACGUCAGGCAGGCAUCGGCGCCGCCCCCCUCCUGCCCUCCGGCAGCCGCCAAGCCGCCCGCUGCCGCCGCCGGGCUCAACGGGUUCGCCAACCACAGCGCCAGCCUCGACCUGGGAGCGCCAAGCUUCCAGCCCGCCCCGGCCUCUCCCAGCAGCUCUCCCUCGCCCAGGACCAGGGAGGUGACGCAGGCUCCGAGACCUUCCUUCUCCACCCGGAAAGCAGGACUCGAACCCCAGCAGGGACUAACAUCUCCCACUACCUCGGCCUGGAAACCCAGCCUUGAUCGAAGACUGAGCAGUCCACGACUGUACACGGACACCUUCCGGACUCAGGCAGCCAGUGAGUAUCGGCCUGGCAGUCCCAAAUCUCCCUUCUACCCUAUCAGUCCGCCAGCCACCGCACUCUUCAAUAACUGGUCUCCGCUGAGGGAGACGAAGGCCAGCUCGCCCGUCAGGCCCGGAGGGGACAGCAUGGACAACCGCCGCCUGAAGGACCUGCUCGCCAAGAACGUGGUCAAUGCAGCCCGUCGGAAGAAGCUCUCGAGUCCCACUGCCUCCCCCACCAGCCCAGGAGACCUCCCACCCACCCCGAGCCCGCGGGCCAGCUGCCUCUCACCCCCGUUGCCUCUGACGCCCAGCGUUGCCUCUCCGGACACUCUGACCCAGUCUGUCCGCACACCUCUCAGGCCCUACCGCAGGUCACUGACCGACUCGGAGUUCUCACUGGGGUCUGACGAUUCUGGGCCCAGGUCCCCCAGUUACUACAACUUCUGCCCAAGGGGAUGGACUGGGAGCAAACUGAGGCAGAGUGAGCAGUUAUAAGCACACAGAGAGGAAGCAGGGUGGUGAGCGCGCAUGUGUGGGUGACUGUGUGCGAAUGUGUGUGUGUGUAUGAGUGCGUGUGUACAUGCGUGUUGAGUGACUGUGUGUGUGUGAGUGAAUGUGCAUGUGUGUGUGUGCAAGUGUGUGUCUAUGUGACUGAGAG